AUGGGCGCAAAUUUUGCGCCAAUCUAUACCUCACAGAAGCUUGCCUCUCCACGUCAACACAACAUGUUGCCAUACACGACAAGGUCUGUUGACGUUUGGAGAAGUUUCUUGACAUUCUGGCCCGGAGAAAGGAGCACUAGAGCCCCACCACCUCAUCUCGUCGCUGGACGCAACCAACUGCAAUGGCAACCAAGCGAAGAGGAGGGUGACAUGAUCGAACUCGGGACAGGUGACUUGUACACUUUGCAGGGACUCCUAACAAAAGCCACCGGUUGA